GUUACAGGUUCAUUGUAAUUACACGUAAAUUGAACAAUAUAAAAUAAAGAUACGCGCUUUUUUUAUUCGGAUUUAUUUAUUAACUAGUAAAUUUAUAAACUUUUUCAAAUUCAAAAUUGGUAAAGAAUUUUAACCAUAUUUAUCGCAUUAAUUCUUAUUGAAUGCGAGAGUUUUUUAAAGUUCUAGAUACAAGUUACUAAGUUUUAUUUACAUAUUUCAUGUUUAAACCUUAGUGAGCGAAUAUAUGUACAUAUAGCUGUGCAAUGCGUAGGCAACGGAGAGUGAAUCUAUCACCUAGCUAUUAUAACGAUGGGUCUUAUUUUGCCAACACAUCAUAUGCUCCACUAAAUAAAAAUUUGGAUGAUGAGAAUCCUGUUGAAAUGGAGAGGUUGCCACGCAUUGCUAGUUCAGAAAAUGGACAAUUACAUAGUUUUGAAAAUACUAUUGAGGCUAAAGUGGAAGUAGGUGAUUCUUUACAAGCAUUGGCUUUACGUUUUCAUUGUACAGUUGCGGACAUAAAACGACUUAAUAAGAUUGAUAAGGAUAACGAAAUUUAUGCGAGGAAGUUUGUAAAAAUUCCAGUAACGCCACAUUCGAUAUUAUUGGAAACAUUACCAACAGUACACAAAAGUGGGAGUAAUAGUCCAUCUCAAAGUGAACAUGAAUCCUUUGAAUCAGGCAUAAUGAGAAACCCUUUGAAGGAUGCUAACCUUAUGUUAGGCGAAAAACUGAUAAUAGCUUCUGUAAAUGCUUCUGGUAAUAAUAAUCUGCAAAAUGUUGACACUAAUAAAUCAGUUUUAGCCUCUACAUUGAGGAGCAAAGACAGUGUCUGCUUGGAAAAAGAAAAUCAUUCUACCAAUGACUCCGCUGCAUUAUUAGAGGAUUUUCUUGAUGAUGAUUUUGCGGAUACAUAUGUGCGACCUAUACGAGGGCCCUCAAUAAGUGCUCUACAUUGGUCUGGUUCCGAUGGCGACAUGACUUGGGUAUGCUUGUUUGUUGUAAUCUUGGCUUUAUGUUUUGCCAUACCAUUGAUAGUUGUGAUAUUUUGGACCCAUCCACACAGCAGCGCCAACAACAAUGCAACAACAAAUAACUGACAUAGUGGUUUGAACGCGAAUGACAAAUAUCUUUAACGGUAUAUUUAUAUGUAUAUGAAGAGUCCUUUAAAGAUAUUCUUCAAUCUAAAGAUGUCAAACAUAUGUUUGUACAUCCUUAGAACUCUAUGCUUGAAUAUAGUAAUGUGAAUCUUUUGCACACAUUUAAUAACAGGUUCUUAACGAAAAUCGCCAGGGGUAUAACAGGUAAAAUAACUAUUGUAAUAUACAUAAAUAAAUAACAAUUUAAGAAGAAAAAAUGAUUAUUUUACUGCAAAGUGCCUUCAUCGUUUUUCAAUCUAAAGAUGUGUAUGUACUUGGUUUUACAAAACUUCUUGUUUUCAAUAAAAUUUUACAAUAAAAAUUUAAACUUUUUAUUAAA